AUGGCAGGUAUGCAACUGGACGAAAUUAUUGAAUAUCUGCGGUAUAGCAAGCAUAUUCCGGAGGAAACUAUUUACGAACUAUGUUUGAAGUGUCAAGAACUACUUGUUAACGAAUCGAACGUGACGCAUGUGGACACGCCGGUAACUAUCUGCGGAGACAUACACGGACAGCUGCACGACCUGUUGACGCUGUUUGAAAAGUCGGAGGGGAUCGAGAAGAACCGCUUCAUCUUUCUGGGCGACUUCGUGGAUCGGGGCUUCUACUCGCUGGAAAGCUUCCUCCUACUGCUGUGCUACAAACUGAGGUAUCCUGACCGCAUCACACUCAUUCGCGGAAACCACGAAACAAGACAGAUCACCAAGGUGUAUGGCUUCUAUGAUGAGGUCAUCCGCAAGUACGGUAACUCUAAUGUCUGGCGUUACUGCUGCGAGGUGUUUGACUACCUCUCAUUAGGCGCGAUCAUCAACGGCCAGAUCUUCUGCGUGCACGGCGGCCUUUCGCCGGAUGUCAUGACGGUUGACGAGAUACGAUCGAUCGACCGUAAGCAGGAAGUGCCUCAUGAGGGUGCCAUGUGUGAUCUCUUGUGGAGCGACCCCGAUGAGGUCGACACCUGGUCACUGUCGCCUCGAGGAGCUGGCUUCUUGUUUGGCAAGAACGAAGUGGACCAGUUCUUGCACAGGAAUGAUAUCAGUCUCAUCGCACGCGCGCACCAACUGGUCAUGGAGGGCUACAAGGAAAUGUUUGACGGCGGCCUGGUAACCGUGUGGUCGGCGCCCAACUACUGCUACCGGUGCGGGAAUGUCGCUGCAGUGUUACGGAUCGACGACGACCUCAGCCGAAAUUACACUAUAUUCGAAGCUGUGCCCGCACAGGACAAUCGCGGCAACGCAAUCAUUCCAACCAAGAAACCUCAAAUGGACUACUUUUUAUGA